GCCGCGCCCGUUAUUGAGUCGAGUCGUUUCACGUUUCCGCGCGUGGCUAUUGUUGUCGGCCGUGAGGAGCACGCCCAAAGAUAAUACCGUAAUCAGUUGUUGUGGCGGUGGUGGCCGCUGUCGAUGAUAAGACGUGCGAAUUCCCAACAAGCCGUUUUUGAUUUGUGCGAAACGCGUACGGGCGUCGUUCGAGUGCUAGUUGACAGUAAUUCGUAAUUACGGAUAACAGUGGCCGGGGGGGGAGAGCAUUGGUAACGUUUGGCGACAAUGAUCGCGAUCCAAGCGUCCGCGCUCCGCAUUCCCUGACCGUAACUCCUGCUAGUGUUGGUUAUGGAGCAAAAUGAAAACCGUACUCAGCCUGUUGGAAGAUGACAGAUUCGUUUACUAUGGCGUGGUGACGAUCAACUUCGUGCUUUUGUUAAACUUCCUCGUCUGGGGAUGUUUAAGUUUCAUUAUUAUUAUUAUUGCCAUUGGUUGUGGAUAUUACACAUUCGACUAUAUUCUGAAAAAUCGGAAUUCAAGCAAUUCUUUUUUCUCAAAUAAAGUAUUUGAUAAAACUAAUAUAAGCAAAUGCAAAAAUUGCAAAAAUUGUAUUUCCUGCAACAUUAAUUUAAAAUGUGUAAAUCAAGAAACACCAUGGAAAAAUUUAUUAAUUCCCGAACAAAUAGAUUCUUCAAUAGACAAAUUACUGUCAAAAAUUAUUAAAGCAUAUGUAGAAAGUUGGUAUGAGAAUAUUUCAAGUGAUCCAAGUUUGAUAAAAGAAAUUAAACAUGUUGUUCGAUUUGCAACAAGUGUGUUGCUAAAAAGAUUAUUACAGUUAAAUUUGGAAGAAAUUAUUGUAUCUAAAGUAUUACCAAUAUGCUUAUCACAUAUUCGACACUGCCAGCAAAUGGAAAAAGGUCAAAAAAUUUCUCAUCAUUAUGCUAUCAGUAAUCGUUGUGUGGAAAUUAAAUACCUUAAGAAAGUAUCGUCAAGUUUACUGCCAUUUAUAACUCGGAAAAAUGAUCUUCAAUGCAAGAUAUUUUUUACGUUACUUCGGGAACUUAUUUCACUUUGGAUUUUAUUACCAAUAUCUGAUGUACUAUGCAAUCCAGUUAACCUUACAACUACUUGGUCAAAGUUAUCCAAAUCAUCUAAUAUUCCACAGACUAAUACAUUAAAAGAUGAACAAGUAGAAUUCUUAUCAAGGUUUAUUAAUGAAGAUCAAUAUGAUAGUGUACAACUUGAAAUGCGUUGUAUAUUUAAAGAUUCAACAAUUUUAUCAGCCUUUAUGAACUUUUUAAAACGAAGAAAAGCUAUGCAUUUAUUACAAUUUUGUUUAGAUGUAGAUCAGUUUAACAAACGCAUGUUAAAACCUGAUAUUUCGUCUCAAGAACUUGACAUGCUUUAUCGGGAUGCUUGGGAUAUAUUUUCUGUAUAUUUUAGCUCACAUUCACCAGAUUGUAUAAGUUUUGAUCCUGAGUUAGUGAGUCAACUAAGAAAAGUUUUAUCAAAAGAUGUUAUUAAACUUCAAAAUUCAAAACCUCUAUAUCAGGCUUAUGAACAAGCAUAUUAUACUUUAGAAAAUAUUUAUUGGAUAGAAUUUCACAAUUCUAAUGAAUAUUUUUCAUGGAUAUGUGGACCGCGCAAUAUUUCAGAAACAGAUCCAUCACAAGACUCUUUAUCAAGCAAUGAUAAGAAAACUUCUACUUCUAAACUUGGCCGCAAGCUAAAUAGGAUUAAAGGUGCUUUGAAAUCUAGUUCUAUUUAUGAUGGUCAAGUUGAUUCUUUAUCUUCUGAAUGUGACCCUGAAUAUGGUGAAGAUCUCUCUAUUAAUAGUGAAAUUAUUAACAGUGAACGAGAUUUAAGUACUUGGAAGGUAACUGAUGUUACAUCAGCUAUGAAACUAGAAUCUGGAUCUAAUGGUGGUCAAUCUUUAGUAUUUUUUAUUACGAUAGAGACUAUUGAAAAUGGUACAGUAAAACAAUGGUGUGUAGAAAGAAGACUUGCUGAUUUCUAUACCUUAAAAUCAAAACUUACAGAAUUUCAUGGAGUAAUUUUAGAAGCUUGGUUACCUCCAAGAAGAAUUUUAUUACAAAAAACAGAAAACAGUGAUAUAUAUUUGCAAUUUCUCAAUCAAUUGUUACAAAAACCUGAGCUUAAGGGUUCUGACUUAUUGCACAUGUUUUUAACAUCAUUGGAAAAUUUUGAGGACUCUGAAUCAGCUAUUGGAAGAUUAUUAAGAAAGUCUAUGCCAACAUCUUUGAGAAAAGAACGUGGCCAAAAUUUAGAAUCGUUCAUUACUAUAUUCAUGUCUUCAGUAGAAACCAAAUUAAAACAAAGAUAUGAAUGGAAAGAUUUUAGUGAAGAACCUCCUCAAAGAAAAAUAAAAACAGCUGAUAAUCUAAUUUUCAGAAAUAAUUUAAAUAUAACUAAUGUUGAACACCAAAUGCCACAAGAAGAUGUAUCAAAUAAAUUAAAUAUUCCCUGUGGGCCAAUUGACUGUAUAAUUUUUUUUGGAGUACAUGUAUACAAUUUAUCCAAUGCUGUUGUUAGAUUGAUUUUGGCAAUUAAAUCACUAUGUGGAAAUAUUUUAGAUUCUAUAUUACAGCGUUACAUUUGUCUUUGUGUCGUUAGAUCAUUUACACCUUCUAAAAUUUCCAAUUUGAUUGAAUUAUUAGAAAAUUUACUUUUUCCUGAUGAAAAUGUAUUACAAAAGACUGAAAAUCAUCAAGUUUCAGUUGAUCAUCUACCAUUAUGGAGUAACUCUAUUCUUCUACCGCUGUAUAUGUGUUUAUUCAAAUGUACACAGAAUCCAGUUAUGAAUAAACAAUUAUUCUACAGACUUUUAGAUGUUUUAAUCGAAGAAAUGUUUCCAGAACUGCAUACACAACUUAACGAACAAUAAUGAUGAUAAUACUUCAUUGCUGUGAUAAUAUUGAGUGAUACAUUCCUUGUAAUAAUUAAAUAAGGUAUUUACUUUAAAUAUGUUUUAGAAUAUAAAGAUUUUUUUCAUGAAUUUUUAAUAGAUUUUAAAGCUAAUUUUACGAAGAAAAAAAUGUUUUAGAAGAUCAAAAUGCCUUAUGCUCUUACUUUUAAAUUGUUAU